AGUUCAACUUUUUACAAAUCCUCUUUCUUUCUCUUAAGGUAUCACUUAAAGGAUGUGAUUGUUGGAAAAAUUUACUUCCUCUUAGUAAGAAUAAAAAUUCAACAUAUGGAAUUACAGCUGAUAAAAAAAGAGAUAACUGGAAUUGGACCCAGUACAACAACAGAAACAGAAACUAUUGCAAAAUAUGAAAUAAUGGAUGGUGCACCAGUUAAAGGUGAGUCUAUUCCCAUUAGACUCUUCUUGGCUGGCUAUGAUCCUACUCCUACAAUGAGAGAUGUAAACAAAAAAUUUUCAGUAAGAUACUUCUUGAACCUAGUGUUAGUAGAUGAAGAAGACAGACGGUACUUCAAGCAGCAGGAAAUCAUUCUCUGGAGGAAAGCUCCUGAGAAACUGAGGAAACAAAGAACCAACUUCCAUCAGCGGUUUGAAAGUCCAGAACCACAAGCAUCUGCAGAACAGCCUGAAAUGUGAACUGGAUCUAUGGGAUGAAAAACUGAUAUGUUAGUAGAUCAACAGGUUAAAGGUGGCAACAGCCUGUAGGGAAGAAAGGCCAAACUCACAUUACAACAGUCUUCCUCAUCUUACAGUGCUGCAUUUCCCACACUACUAAAACAUUCUUCAAGUAAAUAUUCAAUUGUGUACAUACAUUUAAAGUAAGUGCUUUCUGAAACACUGGAACUUUCUUAAGCUAUUUUAUACUGCACAUUUUACUUUUGUCUGGUGUGAUGCAGUCAGAGAUACAUAAAGCUUAAAGAAGUCUAGUUAUGUGUUUCCAUGCAUGUAGUCUGGUGCAUCUAAAUUUUGCUUUCACUGAUGGUAAACUAAAGCAUUUCUUCUUUCUAUAUCCAACUGCAUAUCAUACAUAUUUCCUCAGUGUCUGCUAUCUGUAACAUUGGAGACUUAAUAAAAAAUUGUCUUAAAAUGAUACAUUCAGGUUUUAUAAUGAUACUGUUAUGUUUAGCCCAGGGAAGUAGAUAAUAUGUAUAAAAUAUUAUGUAUUUGGAAUAGAUCUGAGAGCAUAUUACUGUUUUCAGAAUUUUCUGAGGAAUGUGCGUAAGCAAGCUUCUUUCAGAAUUAGCUUUUUAAGACGAGUGGCUGUGCUCUUUUUUUUCUUUCCCUUAGCUUACUCAUUCCAAUGACUCUAUUAUCAGGUUCCAAUUCACUUCAAGAUUUGCAUGACCUGGGCUAAAAUACAGAAUUCUCUCAUUAAACCUCGAUUCAGUUAAGGGUGUGUGUAUAUGAUAAAAUGUUUUAAUAUAAUUUUUACUAAUUACACUCUUGAAUACUGGAUCAUUUGCACAAAACUUUAUUUUUGCAUCAAAUACGUGUUUUUCACCGUCCUCCUCAAAUGUAGAAAAACAUAUUCCUUUUCCAUUCUGAGCUUCUGUGAGGAAAUGUGGGCUUGUACAAAGGUAUAUAGAUGAAAAACACCUGAAUUUCCCAAGAUGGUAUUCUUGUGCAGCAAAAGAUUGGUUUAUUUUUAUAAUUCAUUCUGGAAUGUAGUAUCUUUGGGCAAAUCUUGUUAGCCUCCAUUUGUUCACAAUUAACCAUAUAGUUUUCAGAACCACACUGCCUGUUUGAGCACACCAUGGAACCUGUUGAAUAGAAGGCUACUCACAUUUACAAUUCACUUGGCCUAUUUAUCAAAAAUGUUUCUAAACUUCAGUGCAAGUAUUGUUGGUUAACUUACUGUAUGAGUAAGUAAAAUCACUAAAUUAUAUUUGGGAAAGAACUGUUUUAUUACUGUGGCACUUUGAUAAAGCCGAGAAUACUGCGUGCUGGGAUAUUUCUCUUAUUCUUAAAGCCUGUGAUAGAGAGAACUUGAUUCCCUCAUGUAAGUGCCUGUUCAGAAUUUCAAAAAAAAAAAAAAAAAAGCCAAAUAUUUUCAUGGACACUUGCAUGUUGCAAUCUGGAAACUAUUCCAAGAAAUUUUGAAAAUUGAUUGUAUUUAACCAGCCUCAAAUUGUGCAACUAUGUAUAAUAGAUAUAAUGAAUUGCUAUUUGAAUUAUUAAAAAUAGCUGUAUUCUCACUAAAA